AAUAACGCCGACAUGUGGCACCAGGGUGCUGUCCACGACCGUCCGCGGUCUUUUGUUUACGAGGCUAUAGCUUUGGGUUGAGGUGAUGGUGACCACUGCUAUAACGCAGCAACACCACUGAUUGUAACCUUCUCAUGUCUCUUCCAAAUGCAGGAGAAUCCUCCAAGUCAAUAUCCAAGGCGACUCUGGCCGAUCUGAAAGCCAUAGCAGCAGAGCACGUCGAUCAGUUCUCCAGAGAGGGCCGCUCUGCGGUCAAGGGACAACGCCGAACACAGCUCGCCACCGCUAAAGACCCAUUCCAACGACCCUCACCAGGUCUAGUGAAAAGACUCGCCGCAGAAGCCAAGAACGACGCCAAAAGGCGGCACUUUGCCGAUGAUGCUGGCCCGAGUGAUGAGCAAAGACGGGCCAUCCUGAAGCAGAAAGCCAGGCAAUACGAAUCAAUGAUGCAUGGAGACCUUUCGGGCUUGUCGGACAAGCAACUGGAGGAGAUGACAGUUGAUUUCGACAGGAAGCGAAGGGAUUUCUCUGCCGAUGAGGAUGACGCUUCCGAUGAUACAGAUGGGAGUGCAUCGGAUGAAGGUGAUGCGCUUGAUCGAAUCGAAUACGAAGAUGAGCUGGGCAGGACUAGAUUAGGAACACGAAAGGAGGCUCUCGCUGCGGAGCGAGCCAGACGCAAGCUCGAGAGUAGUGACGAUCCUCCGCAGGUCGAAAGCGCCUUUUCCGAGGUUCAGCGGUCCAAUGUUUUUUAUGGGGAUCAAAACGUCUUUCCCGUCUACGAGCCUGAUGCGGAUGCCAUUCGUGCGAAAUACAAGGCCGCAGAGGAGGAGAGCCGAGCUCAUCACUAUGACUCGACGAAAGAGGUCAGAGCCAAAGGUGCCGGACAGUACCAAUUCGCUCUGGAUGAGGACGAACGAGCUGAGCAAAUGGCCGCUCUUAAAGCCCAACGCGAGGAAACUGAAGCCGCGCGAAAACAAGCAGCAGGCCAACGGAGUGGUCUCAGUGCAGCGCAAGAGGCUAGAAAGCGCAAAAUGGAGGAGCGGAGGGCUGCCAUUGAUGCAAAGAGAAAUAAAUUGCUGGGGGGGCAGGAAGCUGUGAAUCGACUGAGAGCAGAGAAACGUGCGGGUGAAGCAGAUCGUCUCCUGAGCGAGAUGCGUGUCGAUCGUUGCGAUUUCUCAGGCUUCAAAGUCUACCCGUCAAAGGGGAAGAUCUAUGUCCGAGGUGACUCCAAGUCCUUCCGCUUCCUCAACUCAAAGAAUGAGUCUCUCUUCCUUCAACGAAAGAACCCGAGAAAGAUCGCUUGGACUCAGGUUUACCGAAGAAUGCACAAGAAGGGCAUCACUGAGGAGGUAGCAAAGAAGAGGAGCAGGAAGAACAUCAAAACUCAGCGUGGAAUUGUCGGUGCCGAUCUGGCCAGUAUUCUGGCCAAGCGUACCGCCAAGCCAGAGGUUCGACAGGCUGCCCGACAAGCUGCCAUCACCAAAGCUAAGACUGAGAAGAGGGACAAGGAGGCCAAGAAGCAGGCUGGCAAACCCACUGGCGCAGCGAUGCCCAAGAUGUCCAAGCAGAGUAUGAAGGGCGGUGCCAAGGGAGGCAAGGUUGCCCACUAGGCAAAUUGCAUGCUCAUGUAUGUGACGAUACUCCGGAUC